GUCUCACUGUCUUCUCUCCGCCCAGUGCGUGUGUUUGGACUGGAUGAUAACAGUGGAAAAUGGGCUGGGUCUGUCUGCACAUGAAAGCUCUCUCGACGCGUGCACGGCGUACUUUCUCUCGUGAGAAAUGACAAGUUGUUGUACCGACAUUCUGCGCUCAAUUUGGACUCAGUGUGGUAUUUCUGAUUCCUGUGUUGUUGCUGCUCUGACAUCGGCCCUGUUGCUCAACUUUGGGAAGAAGGUGUAUUUGUUGUGAGAACAGGGAAGGAAUGCGCGGAUGUGGUGGCUUUUCCUCUGGUGUUUUUCUUCUCGGAACAGUGUCGUGACUCCAAUCAAUCGGUGUUCAUCAGCGUUACCUGGUGUUUGUCUAAGCGUGCAAUCGACUGCAAACAUGCAGCAUGACGUGGAGCUGCACCUCUGCAUGUACCAUACUGUGUACCUGUGUUGAAACGGAGCGAGGUUGCACGUCGUACCUGUGCAGAGGCUCCAUGGGAAACCGCCGUGCGUAACGCAGGUUCUCCAUGGAGGACUGGUGGAGAAGCCGCUCAUCACAAGCCACACUUUAAGACAGCGAGUGACACUUGAAACAAGAUGAGUUUAGACCAGGAUGCCAUAUCGUUACCAGUGCCUUGCUUUGCAGCUUAUCCCGGCAGAGAGAGACGCAGCGGUGAAGGCACCAGCAGCGGCUUUGGGGGUAGCGGCGAAUCCGGGAUCCCCGCAGCCGGGACUUUCUGGCAGGACUCGAUGGUCGGCAGCGGGGGGCACAGCCCGAAUACCGAAAGGUGCACGAUGGACGGCGGAGGCUUGCUGUCCACCGGGAAGUCGUCCAAAAGCAGACCGGUGACAGUGGCCUAUGUGGUGAACAUAGAGGCGGGCCAGCAGAGUAACACAGAGAACAUGGCUCUGCAAUGUCUGAAAGACGCCUGCGACACGGUGGGCAGCAAGCUGGACACCGUGAACUUUAGUAAACUGGACUUUGGGGAGACCACGGUGCUGGACCGCUUCUACAACGCAGACAUUGCUGUUGUGGAGAUGACGGAUGCCUUCCGCCAGCCGUCGCUCUUCUACCACCUGGGAGUCCGAGAGAGCUUCAGCAUGGCCAACAACAUCAUCCUGUACUGCGACACGAACUCUGACUCCCUCCAGUCUCUGCAGGAGAUAAUUUGCCAGAAGAACACUACAUGCUCAGCCAACUACACCUUCAUCCCGUACAUGGUGACGCCCCACAACAAGGUUUACUGUUGUGAAAGCAACCUGAUGAAGGGCCUGACUGAGCUGAUGCAGCCCAGCUUCGAGAUGCUGCUGGGACCCAUCUGCAUGCCGCUGCUGGACCGCUUUGUCCAGCUGCUCAAAGUGUCAGAGGCCAACUCCCACCAGUAUUUCCAUGAGAUGAUUCUAAAUGAGAUCCGUAAAGCUCGGGAGUUGUACACCGGCAUGGAGCUGGCUGCCGAGCUGAGCCGAAUCCAACAGCGGCUGGACAACGUGGAGUGCCUUUCAGUCGACAUUGUCAUCAACCUGCUGCUGACGUACAGGGACAUCCAGGAUUAUGAGUCCAUUGUGAAACUGGUGGAGACUCUGGAGAAGCUUCCGACCUUUGACCCUGUGGUUCAUCCUCAUGUGAAGUUCCACUACGCCUUUGCACUGAAUCGGAGGAACCAGCCAGGCGACAGACAGAAAGCCCUGGAUGUCAUGCUGCCCCUGGUGGAGGACAAGGAGCAGGUAGCCUCAGACAUGUACUGCCUGGUGGGACGAAUCUACAAGGACAUGUUCCUGGAGUCUCAUUUCACUGACACACAGAGCAGAGACAAGGGCACGCUGUGGUUUAAAAAAGGCUUUGAGUCAGAGCCAACACUGCACUCUGGUAUCAACUAUGCUGUUCUGCUCCUGGCAGCUGGACACCAGUUUGACAUGUCUUUCGAGCUUCGCAAAGUGGGAGUGAAGCUGAGCAGUCUACUGGGUAAAAAAGGCAGCCUGGACAAGCUGCAGAGCUACUGGGAUGUGGGGUUCUUCCUGGGUGCCAGCAUCCUGGCCUGUGACAACACUAAGGUCAUCCAGGCCUCAGAGAAACUCUUCAAACUCAAAGCCCCCAUCUGGUAUUUGUGCUCGCUGGUGGAGACCAUCUUGAUUUACCAGCACUUCAAAAAGCCUGCUGUGGAGCAGCCGGCCCCCAGACAGGAGCUGGUGGACUUCUGGAUGGACUUUUUGGUCGAGGCAACCAAGAAAGACGUCUCUUCUGUCCGAUUCCCUGUGUUGAUAUUGGAGCCCACUAAAGUGUACCAACCUUCAUAUUUGUCUAUAAAUAAAGACGUGGAGGACAACACAGUGUCCAUCUGGCACGUGGCUCCUGAUGAGAAGAACAAGGGGAUCCAUGAGUGGAACUUCAGUGGCACAUCAGUACGAGGGGUCAGCAUCUCCAAGUUUGACGAGCGCAGUGCCUUCCUCUACGUCCUUCACAAUGCAGAAGACUUCCAGAUCUAUUUCUGUACAGAGAUGCACUGUAAAAGAUUCUGCGAUCUGGUCAACAGCAUAACAGAGGAGACUCGGAAAGGUCCUGAGGACGGAGACUGUGACACUGAUACCUUAGAGUACGACUAUGAGUACGAUGAACACGGAGAGAGGGUGGUUCUGGGAAAAGGCACGUUUGGAGUGGUGUACGCAGGACGAGAUCUCAGCAACCAGGUCCGACUGGCCAUCAAAGAGAUCCCAGAGAGAGACAGCAGGUACUCUCAGCCGCUUCACGAGGAGAUCGCCCUCCACAAGCACUUAAAGCACAAGAACAUCGUCCAGUAUCUCGGCUCCAUCAGUGAGAACGGCUUCAUCAAGAUCUUCAUGGAGCAGGUGCCUGGAGGGAGUCUGUCUGCGCUGCUGAGGUCCAAGUGGGGCCCGCUCAAAAACAACGAGCCUACCAUUGGCUUCUACACACGGCAAAUCCUGGAGGGGCUCAAAUACCUGCAUGAAAACCAGAUAGCACACAGAGACAUCAAGGGUGAUAAUGUUCUCAUCAACACCUACAGUGGCGUCCUGAAGAUAUCAGAUUUUGGCACAUCUAAGAGGCUGGCUGGGAUCAACCCCUGCACUGAGACUUUCACAGGAACACUCCAGUACAUGGCUCCUGAAAUUAUAGACAAGGGUCCUCGGGGAUAUGGUAAACCAGCAGACAUCUGGUCGCUGGGCUGCACAAUAAUAGAGAUGGCAACUGGGAAACCGCCUUUCUAUGAACUGGGGGAACCACAAGCAGCUAUGUUCAAGGUGGGCAUGUUUAAGAUCCAUCCAGAGAUCCCUGACUCCAUGUCGCCAGAGGCCAAGGCCUUUAUCUUGCGCUGUUUUGAGCCCAACCCUGACGAUCGAGCCACUGCCCUUGACCUGCUCACCGAUGAAUUCCUCACAGUCACCAGUCGCAAGAAAAAGAGCAAGAGCAGCCUCACAGCUCUGACGCCGGGAACAGAGUAUCUCCGUAGUAUCUCCCUGCCGGUGCCGGUGGUGGUGGAGGACACCAGCAGCAGCAGUGAGUACGGCUCCGUCUCCCCUGACAACGACCUCAACACCAACCCCUUCAUCUUCAAACCCAGCAUCAAGUGCUACAGCGAGAAGGACGUAAAGGCGCCCAGGUCCCUCUUCCUCAGCAUUCCUGUGGAGAACUUUGAGGACCACAGUGCCCCCCCAUCUCCCGAUGAGAAGGACUCAGGCUUCUUUAUGCUUCGGAAAGACAGCGAGAGGCGAGCCACCCUGCACCAAAUCUUGACAGAGGACCGGGAUAAGGUGGUGGCCAAUCUGAUGGAGGCCCUCGCACAGGGCUCUGAGGAAAUGAAGAUGAAGCCUCAGCACAUCUCCACCCUCGUGGUCAGUCUGGCCGACUUCGUUCGCAUGGCAGACAGGAAGAUCAUCGCCAACACGCUGUCUCAACUCAAGCUGGAGCUGGACUUUGACAGCACCGCCAUCAGUCAGCUGCAGGUUGUGCUGUUUGGCUUCCAGGAUGCUGUGAACAAAGUCCUGCGAAACCACAACAUUAAGCCUCACUGGAUGUUUGCUCUGGACAACAUCAGCCGUAAAGCUGUGCAGACCGCCAUCACGAUCCUGGUGCCAGAGCUGAGGCCUCACUUCAGUUUGGCCUCAGAAAGCGACCCAGCCGACCAAGAGGACGUUGACGACGAUGACGCUGAGCCGGAGGGAAGCUCCACGCAUAAGAGCCGGGCUCCUCCUGUCGCUGCUCACGACGACACAGUGGCCACAUCGGGAGUCAGCACGCUCAGCUCCACUGUCUCACACGAGUCCCAUAAUGCUCAGCACUCAGUGAGUGUGGAGCUGAGCAGGAUGAAGCUGGAGACCAACAGGCUGCUGGAACAGCUGCUGGAGAAGGAGAGAGAGUACCAGGCUAUUCUGCAGCAGGUGCUGGAGGAGAGAGAGCAAGAGAUCAGACUACUGAGGUUGCGAUCUGAGCCCGCAGACACCCCCACGUCAUCCCCGGAGAGACGCAUGAGUGAGCCUACAGAGAGAGGUGGAGACUCAGAGCUGAGCAGCUGGCUGAGGCUUUACGGUGCAGACCAGGACUCCAUAGACAAAAUUCUGAAUGAGGAGUACACGUUGAACGACAUCCUCCAUGAUGUAACUAGAGACGAUCUGAAGAGUUUAAGACUGAGAGGGGGGAUCUUAUGUAAACUGUGGAAGGCCAUCACAGACUACAGGCAGAAGCCGACCUGAGGCCUUACGUCUUGACAACUGCUCUGAAAAGUCAGGACCUUUGUCCCAACAACUCAGUAUUCUCCUCUUUACCUCAGUAUUUAUAAGAGCAAGACAUUUAAGAGAAGAACCUGUGUGUGUUGACCCGAUGACGGAGUAUUUUGAUCAUUUUUACACAGGGAUUUUAGACAUAGAGUCAGUUUGGAACCAACAGUGACAAAGAAGUGGCACUAGUUUUGUUGUGCCUGAUGGACACGGCACGCUUUUUGUUACAGGUGCAGUGGAAAUGGCAGUUGGUGGGAAAAUCUACUGUUCAAAUCCUGAGAACUGUCAGAACAUUUUCUCCCGUCUUUACAAGAUUUAACGUUUACAAAACUGGGGACCAACCAUUCUCUAAUACAAGCCUGAGAUACAAAAUACUACAUUUGAAGUCAUAUGUACUAAUGUUUUUAUCAUAGGCAUCUGAUCACUACUUUUAUUUAAGUGUGUUUUUAAUCUAAUUAUAAUAAUCUGAAGGAUGUCAGCGCAUGCCCUGAUUUUUUUUUUUUAAUCUGUACUGAGAUUAUUUAAAUUGUCAUUGCUUUUCUCACAUUUCCUUUAAUAAUAUAAAUUUUUAUUUUUCAGAAACAUGUAAAUAUUAUGGUAUAUAAUUAUAUGUGACUUACAGUUAUGUACUUUAAAAUACAUUGUUAAACAUAGUUAAAUCUCUUGUGGAUUGGACACUGAAUGGUAUGAAAAUUGAAUGGUAUAUUAUUGUGUCACAAAUCAUAGGAGAUGACAUUUAGUUAGAAAUUAACAUUACAUCAGACCAUUUGUUCAGUUUUUACAGUUGUACACGGACAAAAAUGUGUUUAGCUUGCUUCUGCAUAUACAGUAUGAUCAUUCAGUCACGUUGCAAUGAAAAUCAGAAAUGCAGACAAGUUUUGUAUGGAAGAGCUUUGACAUUUUUUAUUUUAAACCAAGAUGUUAGAAAUGGGGAAAAUAAUCAUGAGCAGUCUGUCUGUUUUGUUUCACAUCUAAAAUCAUUCAUAUUUUUGUGUCAUAUUGGUAAAUAAAAUGUUUCAUCUUGAAACUGGGAAAAUAUGUAAGAUGUUUUGUUGCAGAUCAGUCUGACUAAAUAUGCUAGUUAAAGUGGAAUUUUAAGAAGAACUGAAAGACAAGAAAAUAAAAUGGUUUCAAAGGUUUACCCUGUAAGUAAAAGAU